AUGCGCAAUGCACCUCAUCUUGAGCUACAAGACAAUGUCGAAUCGGAAUCUCGGGGCCUAUCCGGUCGCUUCUUGCACAUAACCGACUUACAUCCCGACUCGUAUUAUAAGCCCGGAACGUCACCUGAAAAAGCUUGCCAUCGAGGAGACGGCUCGACCGGAUAUUAUGGGGCUGAAGGAACCAAUUGCGACUCGCCUAUCACUUUGAUCAACGAAACAUUCCGCUGGAUCGAGAAGAACCUCAAGGGCAAAGUGGACUUCGUUAUCUGGACCGGUGACUCAGCUCGCCAUGAUAACGACGAGAAGAACCCCCGGGAGCCCGAGGAGGUGCUCGACUUGAACAGAUUGCUUGCCAAUAAGUUCGUGGAAACUUUUAGAGAUGAAAGCUCGGUGAAAGGGAUCUCGAUUCCCAUCAUCCCCACCUUCGGCAACAACGACAUCAUGCCCCAUAACAUCUUCAAGGCCGGCCCAAAUCGGUGGACGAAGAAGUACAGAGAGAUCUGGUCCCAUUUCAUCCCCGAGCAUCAGCUUCACAGCUUCGUGGAAGGUGGCUGGUUCAUCUCCGAGGUAAUCCCUGAGCAGUUGGCUGUGAUCAGUCUGAACACAAUGUACUUUUUCGACUCGAAUUCGGCCGUGGACGGCUGUUCUGCGCAAUCCGAACCUGGCUAUGAACAUAUGGAAUGGCUGCGUGUGCAGCUUGAAAUGUUGCGGGGGAGGCACAUGAAGGCAAUUCUCAUGGGACACGUCCCUCCGGCUCGGGCUGGCUCCAAGCGCAAUUGGGAUGAGUCGUGCUGGCAAAAGUACACCUUGUGGCUACACCGAUUUCGGGACGUCGUGGUAGGCAGUGUCUAUGGACACAUGAACCUCGACCAUUUCAUGCUCCAGGAUAGUCGCAAAGUGGAUAUCGUUAGCGUUGACGAGUCUUCUGCAUACCUCAGUGACCUCCGAGAUUCGGACGAAAUAAGUACACGGUCGCGAUCGGAUUACCUCUCUAGCCUCAGAAAGGACUGGUCGAAGUUGCCAUCCGUUGCCUCGGGCAAGUCGAAAAGCUUCUCGAUGGACGAGUGGUUCGAUGAGGACGAGACUUCAGUCCAAACGUCCAAGAAAAAGAAGCGCUUCUUGAAGAAGAUUGGUGGCCCUUUCGCGGAACGAUACAGCGUCUCGUUGGUUUCUCCCAGCGUGGUACCCAACUAUUUCCCGACAUUGCGAGUCGUCGAGUACAAUAUCACCGGCCUGGAACAUACAGCCAUCUGGGCAGACACUCCUCAUCAUAGCAGCUUGGACAGUGCGCCUAUGGGGGAGGAGCACGGUAGCCCAUUGUCCGAGACGCAGGCAAAGCCGAACAAGAAGCCCCAUUUCAAGGUUCCAAGCCCUCCGUCCAAGGCCACGCCUCCGGGACCGGCGUACUCGAAUCAAGCGCUCUCUUGGCUCGGUUACACUCAGUACUUUGCGAACCUAACCAGAAUCAAUAGUCAGAUGGCGAAUCGAGCAGGCGGUGAAGUGGAAGAGGGAUUGAAAGAGGAUGAGAUUUUUGUCUAUGAAAUCGAGUAUAAUACUCGCGACGAUAAGAUCUACAAGAUGGACGACCUCACUGUGCGCAGUUUCUUCAAGCUUGCUUCACGGAUAGCUAGGCGAGGAGGCCAGAAGAGCAAAUCUUCUUCUCUUGAAUAUGGGGGUGAAGCCGACUUGGAUGUCCUUGAAACAGAUCACGAUUCUGACGAUCAAAGUAUCGAGGUAGAGAAGAAAAAGAAGAAGAAGAACCGUGUUUGGAAGACAUUUGUGACAAGGGCUUUCGUUGGUCUAUUGAAAAGCGACGACAUUGACGACAUAAAUUGA